AUGGGCUCUACGCAUGAGACCGUCACGAACAAUGAGAUCAGUGACCUCUCGACCGCCACUUCUCAGGUAAAUCUCGCAGACAAGGUCAAGGAGCUUCAAAUAUCCUCCUCGCUCUCUGACCUUCAAACCGAUGAGCAACGCCGAGUUCUGGAUACUAUUGCGGAAGUGCGUAAAUGCGGACUUGACUCGGUCCUCUCUCUGCCUCAAAUUGUAGUAUGCGGUCAACAAUCAUCUGGAAAGAGCUCUGUUCUGGAAGCGUUGACGGAAAUUUCGUUCCCCAGAAGCGAUAAUAAAUGCACUAGAUUUGCUUCCGAGAUCAUCUUGCGACGAGGAACAAGCAACACGCUGACGAUCAAAGUUCUCCCAGACGAGAACCGUCCCACCAAUGAGAAGAUGGCCAUCAACAUCUUCCAGGAGUCGAUUGACGAUUUUUCUGAUCUCCCUCGGGUGAUGGCAAUGGCUACAGACCUAAUGGGUAUCGACAGACAGGGUUCAAAUUCAGAAGCCAGUGCCUUUGCGAGGGACGUCUUGCGAAUUGAAAUCGAAGGACCGGAUCGGCCACAGCUCACACUAGUCGACAUCCCUGGUUUAAUUGAGACUGUUACGAAAGGUGUGACUCAAUCCGAUAUAGACAUUGUCAACGAGAUCACGGACUCAUACAUUACCCAACCUCGAACUAUCUGCCUUGCAGUGAUCCCAGCCUUGGGUGAUUAUGCAACGCAGAGAAUUCUGACCAAAGUUCGAGAAGUCGACCCUCAAGGUGAGCGGACUUUAGGCGUCAUCACGAAGCCGGACAGGUUGGAUAACGGAUCAGUCCAUGAGCAAGAUUACAUCAAUCUCGCUAAAAAUGAAGAUGUAUUCCUUCAGCUGGGAUGGCACGUCAUCAAGAAUCGGGUAUUCAAAGAGGAGCAUUUCUCCCUACUAGAACGCAACCAGAGCGAGAAGACAUUCUUCCGGACGUCAAAAUUCAAUCAGCUUCCGGGAGACACCGUGGGCAUCGAAAACCUACGCUCUCGCCUUAGCGCACUUCUAUUCGAGCACGUGAAACGUGAAUUGCCAAAUCUUCGCGGGGAUCUUAAUGCUGUGUUGAAAAUUGCGCAAGAUGAACUGGUAUCAAUGGGCGAUUCUCGCUCCGAUGCGAACGAGUGCCGUACAUACUUGUCGAGGAUCUGCCUUGACUCAUAUCAAACCUGCAAGGGUGGAAUCAAUGGACAUUAUGAGGGCCCAUUCUUUGCUAUGACCAACCGAAAGGAACAGUUUUCGCGUACCUCUGAGGUCGCAAUCCGACGUAUUCGAGCACAAAUCCAGAAGCAGAAUUCGAACUUCAAUGAGGCUAUGCGAACGACGGGUCACAAAUUCGAUUUUCCUAAGGAUGAGAAGUCGUACCAAAAGCCUUUCAAGGCAAAAGCCACGGAAUUCAAAGAGCACUCUAUCCCCGCUCCGAUCCAAAUUUCUCGUGAGAAGGCUCUGGAAUGGGUAGAAGAAGUCUUUGAUCAUACUCGAGGCAAGGAACUGGCUGGGACUUUCAACCCUCUUCUGAUUGGAGAGCUUUUCUGGGAGCAAAGCUCGAAGUGGGAAGCAUUUGCCAAGCAGCAUGUUGAGCAAGUCGCUCUUAGUUGCGAGCAGUUCCUUGGAUACGUCCUCAGCGACAAUUGUCCAAAGGACGUCAAAACAGUGUUUUGGUCCAGUCACGUUGAAGAUUCCUUGCAUCGACGCCAUACAAACGCCUAUAAAGAGUUGCAGAAAUUGAUUGACGACAUCAAAGAGCAUCCAAUCAAUUACAAUCACUACUUUACAGAUACAAUUAACAAGCUACAUAAAGAUCGAUGCAAAGGCUCAAUCACUGAGACUAUUCAAAAUGCUUAUGAGGUGGCUGACGGAGACCAAAUUGACACCGACCAACUGACUAAUGACAUCAUGCCUGAAGUUGAUCCUAACAUGAAGAAUGUUAGCUGCAAUGCGGCACUUGAUAGUGUCUAUGCUAUCUACAAGGUCAUGCUCAAAAUCUUCGUCUCCAACGUCACAACGCAAGUCGUCGAACGUCAUAUCGUCCGCCAUCUUGAGGAUAUCCUCAGUCCUCUGAAAAUUACAGCGAUGGGCGACGGCCAAAUCGAGCUGAUUGCCAAAGAAAAUCCCGCCACCCACCGCCAGCGGGCAUUCCUUCAGGAGCGUAUUGCAAAGCUGCAGAAAGGCAAUGGCAUCUUUCGUAAUAUCAUGGGCAGCGUCUGA